CAGGUGUGGAGGAGAUCUUCUCAUAAGUGGCAACAAUGCCGGUCAUAGAUGUAGAGAAUAUGACAGACCUGGAUAAGGCUAAAAUGGAAGUAACCCAGCUCAAAGUUGAGGUGAAGCUUGAGAGGGCAAAGGUAUCCAAAUGCUGUGAAGAGAUCACAGAGUAUAUUCAAAGUGGAGCAGAUGAGGAUCCUUUGGUCAAAGGCAUUCCAGAGGAGAAGAACCCAUUUAAGGAGAAAGGCGGAUGUGUUAUUUGCUGAUGAGAACAGAG